AUGGAGGAGCAGUUCGUACUCAGAGUUCCACCUUCCGUUGCAGAGCGAUUAGACCGCCUUUUGGGCGAAAAUGCUUCUACUGACGACAAGUCGUUGGAUUUGUCAUUCGAAGAGGAUGGCAGGACUGGCACAUUUGUCGUUGGAAAUGACCGUUUCCCUGCAUCGCUGUUGGAUCUUCCUUGUGUUGUGGAGUCCUUCAAAACAUAUGAUGAUAGUGUGUUAAUUAAAACUGCAGAUAUUGGUCAGAUGAUUAUGGUUAGAGAUUCGAGUGAUGCGGCUCCAGAUACAGUGGAGUACAGGCAUGGUCUUACCCCUCCAAUGAGGGAUGCUCGAAAGCGAAGAUUUCGGAGGGAGCCUGAUCUAAAUCCUGAGCUUGUGCGGCGUGUUGAGGAAGAUCUACUGAACAUUAGUGCUGCUGAGCAAGAGAAGGAUGGAGAUGGAAGUGAUCGUAAUGCAAGUAAAAAGCCUGUGGAAGAAGAACCUGUAUCGCAACCUGAUGUUACAGAGGCUGCUACAAAUGCUGGGGAGCCUGAUAGAAGCGACUCUGAUGAAUCCGAUGAGUCAAUUUGA